AUUCAUGGUUUUCAGAGCAUGGCAGACUCGAGUAUCCUCACAUUGUCCGCUAAGAAAGUGCAGAGAAAAUAGUUUUCCUGGGUGGUCCGACUCAUUAAUACACUCCGCACUUCUUGAUUUACGGCUCGCAGUUCAACUGCUGCCAAUUAACGUGAAAACACGUGAAAAAAAGAGUAGUGGAAAAUACACAGAGGGGGAGGAGGCCACUGAGUUUUGCUCCACAAAAGUCAGAAUGAACCUGCCCUCCACACCAAGACCGCAUCGGCGCACGGAAGGCAGAAGCAGGAGGACUCGACGCGGAGGAGACGGGGAGAGAAAGGAGGGGGAGAGGGAAGCACCGGAGAAAAAGCCUCCAUGUUUCAGCUGCCCAUCUUGAAUUUCAGCCCCCAGCAGGUCGCCGGGGUCUGCGAGACUCUGGAGGAGAGCGGGGACGUGGAGCGCCUCGGCCGCUUCCUCUGGUCUCUGCCCGUGGCGCCGGCGGCCUGCGAGGUCCUCAACAAGAACGAGUCGGUGCUGAGGGCCCGGGCCGUCGUCGCCUUUCACACGGGCAAUUACCGUGAACUGUACCACAUCCUGGAGAACCACAAGUUCACCAAAGAGUCGCACACGAAGCUGCAGGCGCUGUGGCUGGAGGCGCACUACCAGGAGGCGGAGAAGCUGCGGGGACGCCCGCUCGGGCCGGUGGACAAAUACCGGGUUCGGAAGAAGUUCCCCCUUCCCAGAACCAUAUGGGAUGGAGAGCAGAAAACCCACUGCUUCAAGGAGAGGACCCGGCACUUGUUAAGAGAAUGGUAUUUGCAGGAUCCCUACCCGAACCCCAGUAAAAAGAGGGAGCUUGCACAGGCUACAGGACUUACACCCACACAAGUAGGAAACUGGUUCAAAAACCGCAGACAAAGAGACAGAGCAGCGGCUGCGAAGAACAGGCUCCAGCAGCGGGUCCUGUCCGACGGCUCGGUCCGCUCCCUGGCGGAUGAUGACGGCACCGUGGACCGGCUGGGGAACUCUUCCAGUCCGGAGGCCAGUCUGUCCAGCAAAGCAGCCGCCUCGGCCAUCUCCAUCACCUCCAGCGACAGUGAAUGUGACAUCUGACGGGCAGAUCCGCGGUGAUGAAGAAUUAAAGGGGGAGAGGAGUGAGAGACAAUCUAAUAAAACAAGUCAUAGUGCCUGCGUUGAGUUAAAAAACAAACACACAAACUGAUUUUUGACGGGUGCCAAACAUGAGGGGAUCUGCGGCGGACUGACCGUCCUUUUCUUUUUAGGCCUACAUUUUUUUUUUGUGUGGAUAACUGAACUUAAUUACGGACGAAACAUAUUUGACGGACUAAUAAACCAACGCCCUGAGAUGAAAAGUUAAAAAAGAAGAAAAAAAA